AUGACGCAGAUGAUAUGUAAUUUUUGUACCCUUGACGCUUAUGUCAUACAGUUGAAGACAACCGACAAUAACAAUAUUGACAAAGUCGUCGGUCGACGAAGACUGAAAGGACAAGAGUAUUUUAUAUCUGUAAGCCAUCGGAAACGCGCGCCAGCGCGUUUUAAAUACAUUCGAUUCUCCGCCCCAAAAGACGGGGUGCUGCAGAAUCACGAUUUCUCGACUCUGGUUGAUACAACCGUGCCCGCAGCUAAAAAAUUAAUAAUAAUAAAAAAAAAAAAAAUCACGAGAUUACACCGAGGACACACACACACACACCCACACCACCCACGAAAUCGACACACCACGUCUGACGAAAUCGGCUGUUCGACUCGUAGACGACAUCGAUUUGUAACGUUUUGUACGAUAUUUUAUUUUUUUAUUUUUCGUCGCACCGCGCCGCGGCCUCACGGCGUUUGUUUACCGCGCGCGUCCCGGGACCGACGAUCCCACGGCCGCCGCCACCCACGGGCCGCGGACCGCGGCAGCCUCGCUCGUCAGCAGCGGCAGUGGGGCCCGGGCGCCGCCUGGCCGCAGCAGCACAGUGCACACGUUCGGCUCAGCGCUUCUCACGGUAGUCACGGCGUCUAUUCUCGCGCGGUCGGACAGCAUACACUGAUUUGCUCGCGAGCGCACCAGUCGCCACCCGCCACCACGCUCGGCGCUCGUCCGGCACACACGGCACGACGGCACACGUCCAGACGCAUCGGCAUCGCACAUCACACGCGUACACACUACACACGGUACACGCCGACCGACGAACCGCACGGGCACUGCGCAGAACGAGCACGCACGCACACACUGGCAUCACAAAGACGUAUCGCGAAAAUCGCAGCUGAUCUCCUCGCAGACACGUUCACUUCGCACUUCACGCCACUGACUCUCCAUCUCCAAAGCUGUAAAACGCACACAGACAUGUCAAUAUGACGGCUGUGACGAACGACGAGUCCCCG